AAAAUAUAUUUCUUAAGCAAAUAAUUCUAUCACAUAUAAUUAAAAAACAGUCAUGGAGGUAAAAGAAGAGACUCUAGCUCUCUUUGAGAGCAAGCAAGUUAAGGCUGGAGUUGCUUAUUGGGUGUCUUCAUGUACAAUAUUUUUGGGAAUUUGUUUGAUAUUGUUUUACAGGUUAAUAAACAUCCCAAGAGCUGGAGAAGAAGGAGGAUGGGCUUGGAUUGGCAUGUUCAUGGCAGAACUCUUCUUCAGUUUCUACUGGAUCAUCUCUCAGUCUCUUCGUUGGAAACUUCGAUACCAUUUCCCUUACAAAGAGAGACUUUCACAGAGAUAUGAAGACAAGUUACCUGGUGUGGACAUUUUUGUAUGCACGGCCGAUCCAUUGAUAGAGCCACCAAUUAUGGUGAUUAACACCAUUUUAUCAGUAAUUGCCUAUAAUUAUCCUCCUGAUAAACUCAGUGUUUAUUUAUCUGAUGAUGGUGGAUCAGAAUUCACAUUUUAUGCCCUUUUAGAGGCCUCUAAUUUCUCUAGAUACUGGGUGCCAUUUUGCAAAAAGUUCAAUGUUGAACCAAGGUCCCCUGAAGCCUACUUUUCUCAGCAACCUGAUAAGAAAGAUACUAAUUAUGUUCAAGAAUGGCUAGCUAUCAAGAAAAAAUAUGAAGAUAUGAACAACCGAAUCGAAUUGGCCAUUGAGAAGGGCAGAAUUGCUGAAGAAGUAAGGGAUCAACACAAGGGGUUCUCAGAAUGGGACAAUUAUAGAACAAUAAAGCAGGAUCAUCGACCGAUCGUCCAGAUUAUAAUUGAUGGUAAGGACACAAAUUCUGUUGAUAAUGAAGGAUGUAGAUUGCCAACAUUGGUUUACUUGGCCCGAGAGAAGAGGCCAGGAUGGCCUCAUAACUUCAAAGCUGGAGCUAUGAAUUCUUUGAUAAGAGUGUCAUCAGAAAUAAGCAAUGGAUCAAUCAUCCUGAAUCUGGACUGUGACAUGUUCGCGAAUGAUGCAGAUGCAGUACUAGAAGCAAUGUGUUUCUUCAUGGAUGAAAAGAGAGGCCACGAAAUUGCUUUUGUGCAGUUUUCACAUGGCUUUUGUAAUGUCACAGAAAAUGAUCUCUACUCAAAUUAUAUGCACAUAAUUCUUCAGCUUGAGCUUCAUGGCAUGGAUGCCUAUGAUGCGGCUAUGUAUGGUGGCACCGGAUGUUUUCAUCGAAGAGAAAGCCUCUCUGGAGCAAAGUACUCAAAGGAUUACGGAGGGAAUAUUGACAGCGAGGCCAAACAGAAGACUGAUAAAAGAACAGUUGGUGAAUUGGAAGAGGCCUCAAAAGUUCUUGCUACUUGUAGCUAUGAGAAGGACACUCAAUGGGGCACAGAGAUGGGGUUAAUGUAUGGAUGUGCAUCUGAAGACAUUGUUACAGGCUUGGCAAUUCAAUGCAGGGGCUGGAAAUCAAUGUAUUACAGUAAACCAAAUAGAAAGCCUUUCAUAGGUGUUUCUCCAAACACCUUAGAAAUUUCUCUUGUUCAAUUCAAGAGGUGGUCUGAGGGCUUGUUCACGAUAUUUCUCUCAAAGUGUUGUCCUUUCAUUUAUGGUCAUGGGAAGAUCAAACUUGGUGCCCAAAUGGGUUACUGUGUUUAUCUUUUAUGGGCUCCAAUCUCAUUGCCUACACUUUAUUCUGUCGUUAUCCCUCCUCUUUGCUUGCUUCAUGGCAUUUCCUUGUUCCCUAAGGUUUCAAGCCUCUGGUUCAUACCCUUUGCAUAUGUGUUUAUAAUUAAGAAUGUUUAUAGCAUAUUUGAGGCCCUGUGUUGCGGUAGUACACUUAUGAUUUGGUGGAACUCACAGAGAAUGCAGAUGAUCCGAAGGACUACUGCCUGCGUUUUUGCCUUCAUCCAUGUAAUUCUCAAGCAACUGGGGUUAUCUCAAACAGCAUUUGCCAUCACUGCUAAGGUGGUGACAGUAGAUGUGUUAAAGCGAUACGAGCAAGAGGCGAUGGAGUUUGGGAGCUCAUCUCUCAUGUUCACCAUUGUUGCUACAUUGGCAAUGCUGAACCUCUUUAGUUUAAUUGCAGCAAUAUUCAAGAUGAUUUUUCUGGAUUUUGGAGCUCUAGAAAAGUUGGUGUUUCAGGUUAUUCUUUGUGGGCUAAUGGUUGUGCUAAAUUUUCCAAUCUAUGAAGCUCUCUUUAUCCGCAAGGACAAGGGCUCCUUGCCCUUCUCAGUCAUGUUCAAGUCUAUUGCUAUAGCUUCAUUGGCAUGCCUAAUUCCUGUAAAUUAGAAUAACUUCUAAAUUGUAUCUUGAAUUCUAAAACCAUUCUAGUUUUUGAAAGUU